AUUGACUUGUUUAUUCGAAUAGGCCAUUUUAUAACAAGCUGAAAGUCAACUUGAACCUCCGCUUUAAAGGGCAAUUCACCCUCAGUAGCAAAACGAAUAAAAUCUCCACAGAUUUGCUCGAACCUCCAUAACCUGCCAAGGUGGACAUAGUAAUUAGGGGGCGUGGUCAUGAAAUGGGCGUGGUCAGAUGUUGUUGCCCCUUUACUUGGCUGCUAUUAUUGUUCUCUUGUUCACUCCUCCCCCCUCGGUCUCGCCCGUCUGAUUCCUGUAGCAGCGGAAGUUGUAUUCACAUUUGAGACACAUUUGACGGGUCUCAUGAGGCGAGAGGCGCAGACCCAGCACCACACAAACAUUCUACUCAUUAUAGCGCAGCUUGUGGCACCGGAAGCUUCACUGGCGCGAGUAUUUACUUGCAAGGAAUCAUGGGAAGCCGGAAGGGCGUCAUAUUUCCGCGACUGCCAAAGCUCUGCGAGAUAAGCGGUAUAGGUGAGGAGCGCCGAGUUCUUUGUUCGCUCGCCUCGGUUUGCGGCUCCCUCUGGCGCUGUUUAUUCGCUGCUGGGUCCGGUAUUAGUCGGACAAUUGUGUCCUCGUCACGUUCCCAACUGAGCUCGGAGCCGCCUGUGCGCUUGGGACUCUCCCCGGGUCUCUCGAGCAUCGCUGGGACAGGAGUAGCCGGUGGUCUCUAGAGACGUGUGACGAUGUCGUACAGUGUUUGUUUCUCGCGUAUACAGCGGGGAUGAGCUAAUAGAGACCAUCAGCAGACAUAGGAAAUCCUGGAAUUGAGCCUGAACAUUCGUUUUGUCUGCCGAGUAGAUUGGCUGGUGGCAGAUUAUACUGGAAUGAUGAGGGGGCUCUCCCUGUGUAUAUGAUAUCCACUAUAGGAGGGGCUAGAAUAUAUCAUCUCCCUGAGGGUAUAAAACCUAAGGAGGGUAUUAACACGUGGGGUUGUUUCAAGGGCCCCUGUACAACUCUAUUUAACCCCUAAACUCCCAGAGACAUUUCCUGCUCUUUGGGAGGAAGAAGAUAACGACUGGCUGCCCUGAUCUGAUUGGACUGGAGAUCUUAUGGAAUGUUCUCCAGAGAUGGAAACAAGGAGGUUAGAGGGGAAACUGGAGAAUGAAGAGCCGGACACUGAGGAUCCUCUGCCCAUAACAAAGUUGGAAAUGGAUCCCGUUUCUGAGGACGAGGAUGAGCCAGAAAUAUUACAGAUAGAGAUAAAAGAAGAAAUGGAUCCUGAAGAUUUUCUAAACCCAACAGAAAAUUCAGUCAUUCAGCUUGCUGAUAGGGUCAGGACUCCCUCAAACACUCCAAGGGCAGGAAGAAAAAAAAGGCCACCGCAACAUCUAUCACUGCUGGCCAAAAGCUGCAGCCCUUCCCUUGGCUUUCCAGGAAUGUUCCCAGAUAUCCCAGUCCCCCCACUGGCCUGCAGGACUGCCCCCGACAUUCCUUGCUCUCCCUGCACGCCUGCAGACAGUUUCCAGUAUUUACCCGCUCAGCCGCUUAUGGAAUACAAUAUAAACCACCCGUGCAGCUUGCACACUCCUGUGCAGUUUCCGCAUUCAUUCUUCAGUAUGACAGACGGUUCUCCAGGAAUUCCCCCGGACGCCAAACGUAAGCGCGUGUCACUGAGCAUAAAGGACAAAGUGACGUUGCUCCAGGACCUAGAGAAUGGCGCCUCCGUGAAGUCUCUGUGUGACAAAUAUGGGAUUGGUACCUCCACCAUCUACGACCUGAAGAAGCAAAAAGACAAACUGCUGACAUUCUACAGUAACAGCGAUGCCCCCGAUUUAAUGGCCGAUAGGAAAACCCUGCACCAAGCAAAGAACGUUUCUGUGGACAAGGUGCUCAUGGAAUGGAUCCGGCAGCGUCGGAAGGAAAACUUCCCCCUUUCUCGGUCCCUUAUCAUGGCCCAGGCUAAAAAAUUCCACGUCUUGCUGAACAUCUCGACACCGUGCGAGUAUUCGUCAGGUUGGUACGGCAAAUUCAAGAAAAGGAACGGGCUCGGAAUCUUGUCUAUAAAUGGAGAGAAAACCUCGGAGGAGUAUAAUGUAGCCGACACUUUUGUAAAGAAGCUGAAUAAACUGGUGAGCGACGAGCACCUAUCAGCGGAGCAGGUUUACAACGCAGCAAAAACCUCCCUAUUUUGGAGGCAUCUGCCACAGAAGUUGGUGGCUACAGCUCAGGGGUCCGCACCAAGUGGGUUGGACGAGCCAAAAGAACGGCUAACUGUGCUCGCUUGUUCUAACGCAGCAGGGACGCACAAAACACGGCUGCUAAUCGUCGGCAGGAGUAGAAACCCACGUGCGUUUAAAGGGGUGCGUGUUUUUCCUGUUACUUAUACGGCCAAUAAACAGGCAGGGAUUUCCAGAGAAAUCUUCCAGGACUGGUUUGAAAACCAUUUUGUCCCUGAGGCGAGGGCUCACUGUAUGUCCGUGGGACUUAGUUGCGAUGCCAAGAUCAUGUUAAUUUUAGAUCAUUGUCCCACAAACCCCAAACCAGAAUUCCUGGUCAAAGAUAAUGUGUUUGCUGUGUGUUUGCCCCCUGACUGUACGUCCUUCAUCCAGCCCUUGGACCAAGGAAUUCUGCGCUUAUUCAAGUCACAUUAUAAGAGCGAAUUCCUGCAGCGAAUGCUGACGGCGUGCAGUAAGGGCAAGAAGGCAGCUCAGUUCCAGGCCAACGUCAAUAUCAAGGAUGCCAUUUGGACUGCUGCCUUGGCGUGGGAUAAAGUCGAUAAACAAGCGUUGAUUCAUGGCUGGCGUAACCUGUGCCCUUCGACGUUUGUCUGGGAUAACCCAGGGGAGGAAUGUGAUUUUCUUGGUUUUACUGAACUACGGGAAUCCCAGCUAGUCUCAGAACUGAUGAACUACGCUAGAAGCCUGUCGUGCCCAGAAGCCCAGCUCAUGGACGAGGAGGUGAUGGAAGAGAGUUUUAAUAUUGACACUGAUUCUCCAGUCGCUCUGCAGUUGGUGGAUGGAGAAAUGAAUGAAAGUUCAGAUGAAGAGAGUGAUGGCGAUGAGCCAGCAGCCGCCACGAAAGAGAAAAUGUCCAUUGACAGAAUGAUCAGCCUCGCUGAAGAACUCAUUGGUGGCAUGGAGCAGAGGAGCUUCAUAUCCGAACAGCAAAUAAUGUCAGUCUAUAGAAUCAAAGAACAACUCCUGCAGGAAAAGUUAUAUGAAACGGCAUGGACACAAAUGUUUCCAAAUAGCACUUCUUGCCCUGACCCCCAGCCUUCGGGUGAUGAGAACUGCUGAACGGAGCUGCUGUAUCAAGUGUUCAACCAUUCUCAGCAUUGCCCAAUACUCAGCACAGUUAUUAAUUAUGGCUUCAUUAGGCAGUUAUUUAUUUUCCCCAAAGCACUCAGCGCUAGGGUUCCCCUAACAUUCCCAGAGCAAUGUAUGGGCAAGAGAGUAGCAGAGUAAUGUACCCUGGAACUAUAGCAGGGUGACUGUUACCCCAAUGUUUCUAUAUAUCUGUAACCUUGUUAUGAGCUAAGGGGGCCCAGUCUGAAGGCCAGUUAGGGGGAGAUUUGGGGUGAGUGUUUAUU